UCCGGACAGCAGCUGAAGGACGGAUAUUCCCUGCCUCAGGACACACCCUCACAUGCUCUCUCCCUCUCCCUUGUUUCCCACACUGACUCUGUCGCCGCCGGGCUUCGUAUCGGGUUGACAAAUGACCAGCCGGCUGUUUGUGAAAUCAUUGCGCCAGAGAGGCACAACUUUGAUCGCCACCUCCACACUCUCAUAAUAGGAUGAUUAUAGAUGUUAUUUGGGUUUUUUAAUUUGCUGUGCAUGGACCCGGCUCAAAGAGAGAAGAAGAAGAAGAGAAAGUGUGUCAGCUAAUUGGGAUGAGAGAUCGAGUCAAGUGAACCGGCAGACUGGACAUUUAAAGCCUCUUAACGCAGGUGGAGGGAAGAAUACAGUACAAGGGGAGCGUGUUUAUGUUCUGUGUCUGUGUGCAUGUGUCAUCCCCAGAGGAAAUCCACCCUGGACACAGCAGCAAGACGGUUAUCAAGUGUAUAUGGCAGGUGGGGGAUCAGUCCAAGCGGAGGUAGUUUCUCUGAAGUGAACGCGAUGAAGUGCCUCUGCGGGAGUUCCAGGGUUUAAGACCGAAGAGAAGGAAAGCUGGGCACACGGACGUACACACACGGAGGAGGAGGAGGAGGAGGAGGAGGAGGGAGACAGCAACACCACCGGCAAAGCGCACAACACGGCUUCCAGUCCCCUGACGCAGGGAUGGAGAGCUCAAGAGCGCACAGGAUAACUCGGCUCGUUCACAGAAACGGGAGAAAGAUCAUCGUUAAGCCAGACAUGAAGGCUGGGCGACAGCGGGGACAGCUCCACCUGCCUCGGACUGUGAUUGUUCUCAUCGCGCUUACGGUACAGCCACAGGCAGUGCAUGCAGUGGGAAUGUUUGAACUUCAGAUCCGUCACUUCCAGAACCCACAUGGACUCCUGCAGACAGGACACUGCUGUGACCUCCAGGCGAGUGGGGGUCAGCGCUGCUCCUCCAGGGACCAAUGUGACACUUUCUUCCAAGCCUGCCUCAAGGAGUACCAGGCCCGGGUUGUCCCGACUGGAGCCUGCACCUUUGGGUCGGGCAGCACAGGGAUCCUGGGUGGAAACUCCCAGUUGCUCCGCCACCGAGGACACAAUGGAGGAUUAGAACGAGGAGAGGAUGGGACUAAUGGACACAUUGUCAUUCCCUUCAUAUACGCCUGGCCAAAGUCCUUCUCCCUGGUGUUGGAGGCUCUGGACUAUGAUAACGACACAUCAGAAUCAGGUCAGUUGAUCGAGCGUGUCCUCCUCUCCUCCAUGCUGAACCCUGGUGAACAGUGGCAGACAUACCAUCACCACGGACGGACUCUCAGCCUGGAGUAUCGGCUUCGUUUCCGCUGUGACUCCAAUUACUAUGGACCUUUCUGCAACAAGCUGUGCCGAGCCCGUGAUGAUUUCUUUGGUCACUUCACCUGUGACCUCACCGGCUCCAAGGUCUGCAUAGACGGCUGGAUGGGUCUAGAGUGCAAUGAAGCAGUGUGCAGGAAGGGGUGUCAUCAGGACCAUGGCUCCUGUACUGAACCUGGAGAAUGCAAGUGUCAUUACGGCUGGAAGGGUCCUCUGUGUGAUCAGUGUGUGACGUUCCCUGGCUGUGUGUAUGGCAGCUGCACUGAACCCUGGCAGUGUGUGUGUGACGUCAACUGGGGAGGACUGUUGUGUGACAAAGGUCCUCCAACUUUAUCCACCCACCACCCACCUCCCACCUCUAUCCCCGUGUGGGAGCUGGGAUCCAGGAGCCAAACGAUGACCGUGCAUUGUGCUGAGGAAAGGCGAUAG